AUGGCUUUACCAUUAUCAGAUGUUACCAAUGUGACCAGUUACAAUCCAAUAUUUGCUCAACCUUCAACAUCCACAGCAGGUCCACUUCAUUCUGGUGAACCAAUAUCUAUCAAGACCAGUGAACUUGAGAAGCUAGCAGAAGCAGAUUUAGGCAAACCUGUAAAGACUUCAGGAGUAAAACAUAUUUCCCUAAAACAAGCAGCUGCAAUGACAAAAAAUGUACCAAACUUAGCGAAUCUGCAAAAAACAAUCAAGAAGUUACAACAAAAGAAAGAAAGUUACGCCACACGACUGAAAAGAGCCUUAAGACUUUCUGAAAAUACCACUUUUCAGAAGUGCUUACAAAAGUGCUUCAGAAGUGCUUCUGUUCGAUGAAAUAUCUAUUACACCCCAUUAUGACUAUAAUAGAAAACGAGAUGCCAUUACGGGAUUUAUUAAUAAUGGAAAACAAACAAACAGGAACAUAGCGGAUCAUGCACUUGUUUUUAUGUUAAGAGGGUUUGUAAAUAAUUACAAACAACCAUUGGCUUACACAUUUUGCAAAGGAACAACUUCCAAAGGAGAUUUGAAACUUUUAAUAAAAAAUAUUAUUUCCGAAUUGCAACAGUGUGGGUUUU